AUGCCCUCGACUACGCUCCAUUUCGAUGCAAUGCCAGUCCUUCUGCCCCUCUUCGACAUGGACGGCACCCUGGUCGACUCGACCGACGGUGUCGUCGGCGCGUGGGAGCUGUUCAAGGAGAAGUACCCUCUCCUGGACGUGACUCAGGUCCUCAGCUCAUCGCAUGGUGUACGGACGGUAGAGAACCUCCGCCGCUUCUGCGGGGUCGAAGACCCCGAAGAACAAGAGCGCGAAGCGAAGCGCUUCGAAGAGGCCAUCGUCACCAACUCGACGCGAAACGGCCGGAGGGGUAUCCUCGCGCUGCCGGGCGUGCCCGAGAUCAUGGCCGAGCUCGCGCCCGUGAGCAAAGGGCCGAAGCCGCGCUGGGCGAUCUGCACGUCCGCCACGAACACAUACGCGACCGCCGCGCUCCAGAAGGCGGGCAUUCCCAAGCCCGAGGCAUUCGUCGCCUCUGAGGACGUGCAGAAGGGCAAGCCGGAGCCGGAUCCGUAUUUGCUGGGGGCCAAGAAGUGUGGGGUCGACCCCAAGAAUUGCCUGGUCGUGGAGGAUGCCCCAGCUGGCGUGAAGAGCGGACGGGCCGCAGGGUCCAAGACCCUCGCGCUGCUCACGUCGCAUACGCGGGAACAGCUUGAGGGGGCGCAACCCGAUUUCGUGGUGAAGGACUUGUCGAGUGUGACGAUGAAGACGACAGACAAUGGUGUCGAGGUCACGAUCAACACCGAUUGA